GACUACUGCGAGUGCGAGUACGGUGGUGACAAAUUGAAACUGCCAUUGAAGAUAACCUAAUCGAAGUUUGAAAUGCUAUAAUAUCUACGUGGCAUAAUUGAUAUUUUAGUGGAUUAAAAGUAUUAAAAGAUUAUCGAAACGUCUGAUAAAGUUUCCUUGACUUGAUUGUUUGUCGAAAUCAUGGGGCUUACAAUAUCCAGUGUCUUAACCCGGCUUUUUGGGAAGAAGCAGAUGAGGAUUUUGAUGGUUGGUUUGGAUGCUGCAGGAAAGACUACAAUUUUGUAUAAAUUGAAACUCGGAGAAAUAGUCACAACCAUUCCUACUAUUGGUUUCAACGUGGAGACAGUGGAGUACAAGAACAUCUGCUUCACGGUGUGGGACGUUGGAGGCCAGGACAAGAUCAGACCUCUCUGGAGACAUUACUUCCAGAACACACAAGGCCUCAUCUUCGUGGUUGACUCUAGUGACAAAGAUCGAAUAGCUGAGUCAGAGAAGGAGUUAGCCAAUAUGCUACAAGAAGAUGAGCUUCGUGACGCUGUGUUGUUGGUGUUUGCCAACAAGCAGGAUCUGCCCAACGCUAUGAGUGCUUCCGAACUGACGGACAAGCUUGGCUUGAACCAACUCAGGAACAGACAUUGGUAUAUCCAAGCUACUUGUGCUACGCAGGGCCAUGGAUUAUACGAGGGUCUCGACUGGUUGUCUAAUGAAUUGGCCAAAAAGUGAUUGCAUUGUGCCUUUUUUGUGAUUAUCCUUUCUGGACUUAAGUAUUGUAUAAAGUUUGUUUUUAUGUACGGCAGUGUGACAUUUUGGGCCCAAUCUAAUGUUGGACUCAUGAUUGUUUGAUCUUUAUGCUAAACCCUAAUAAGGUGUAAAUUUCCAGUAAGUUACAAACUAAUUCACUUUACUUCUUAAGCAGCAGCACUUUUUGUUCAGAUAACUUUUUUCCAAGCUAUGCCAAGUGUCUUGGUCGGCAGUUUGUUUGAGUAUAGUUUAUUUUACAUUUUCACUAAAUAGUUUAUUAUAUGCUGCUUUCUGUUAACUUAUAAAACUAGUGUUAGGUUUUUAGGUAGAGUUGAGAUUCAAUUCCAAAAGGGUUUCCAGACUACUGUUUGUUACAUUAUGCUUUAGAAGAAAAAUUUAAUAUAUAUUUCUUAGUUAAAAACAUACAGUUAAUUUGUCGAUUUCCAAAGAUACUCGACAGUAUCUAAAAAGAUUUAGAUACAAAUAGUUUUUUUUUUAAUAAAUCUCUUAAUUUUGUGUAAGUUUUAAGAAAAAAACUGCAUAACCUUUCUUACUCUUAAUGUGCAUUCAAUAUUAAUGGAUAUGUUGGUGCACACGCCAACGUCUUGUUAUUAUAAUGUAAUUGUUUUCACUGACUGGGACAGAUUCCUACAUGUUACCUCUCAGUUCUCUAUGUUUACGACAUAUUUAAGCGUGGAAAUUUGUGGAUGUUGUUAAAACAAAUCAAAAUUUAAUUUAAUACUAGGCCUACUUUAAGAGGCUAAUAAUUACGUAGCUAAAUUAUUUGAUAGUUUCCUUUGUUUUGUCUUUUUCAAAUAUGUACUUUGUGUUCAUCACGUACACCGAAACAAGCAUAAGUUGUGAAUGUAGGAUCUAAGUUGUAAGCUUGAGCGUUUUCCGCCACUGUAAAUAUGAUAACUAUAUUUAGUUCCAAAGCGGUUUCCAUUCUAUGUUGUUUAUUAAAUAAAUUUAAAUAGUUAAACUGAA